CCGUCGACAACGACAAUUCUACUGGCGACAAUCAAGGACUGAGGCAGGUGCAGCAAGCUCCAAAAAACCGGGCUUAAUAAUCUUCGACAAGGAUGGUACUCUGAUCUGCUUCCACUCAAUGUGGAUUCCAUGGGCCAUGGACACACAAGAAACAGGGCUGCUUUUGUCACCGAAAGUGUAUCAGCUACUUGGAAUUUGCCCAGUUGAAGAGAAGGUACGACCUGGACUUCUCGCCGAGGGAACGAUGGAGCAGAUUAAAGUCGAGAUGCAAAAACUACUCGUACAAAAUGGAAAACUCGAUGUAGUCGAGAAAUGCAUCAAAAACAGCCAGUCUCGAAGCCCAUCCACGCUACGAGCAAUUCAUGACAUGCGAUCAUUGUUCAAAACACUAAGGAACAACGACAUAAAAAUAGCAAUGUGUACAGCGGACAACCGGACGAACACAGUAUCCAUGCUGCGAUGGUUUAACGUUGAAGAUCUUGUUGAUAUAGUUGUGUGUGGCGACGAUCCUGGAUCAAAGCCAAAACCACAUCCUCACAAUGCUGAAUCCAUAUGUCGAGUUUUACAAGUGGCACCAGAGAAUGCCGUUAUGGUGGGCGAUACACUAGCCGACAUUGGAAUGGCUCGAUCGGCCGGCCUAGGAACAGCUGUUGGUGUUCUUUCCGGUGUUGGUGGCCUCGAUCACCUUGGACCACAUGCUGACAUUUUGGUAAGUAUUCUUGGUAUUAUUCUAUGCCCUCUUACACCUUCUUCGUAUCGUUAG